UUUUUUUAAUUUACCACGCAACGUGGUGCAGCGUGCCACGAGUUGCCUGCCGUGCAGGGGGAUCAUGUCCCUGUCCAACCCCUUAUCCCAUGGGUUGUUGAAGGACCUUGGCAAACUCUCGGAGUUGAAACAAAGAGGACUGAUUCUUGACCGUCACUUCGAGACGAUAAAGGCACAUGUGAAGGCGGGCAACUCCGUUGCGAAGGAGCGAUGGGACGCAAUCGAGAACGCAUGGGGGCUGAAGCAGACGGGUGUCUUCAACGAAGAAGAGUGGAUCACGCAGAUUGAUGGAGAGGCCCAGGGUAUUACCAGCAGCACCCGUCCGUCGUUUUUAACGCCAUAAGAUGCGGGCGGCGCGCGAGGUGCACCGUCUUCGCACCCACCGCCUGCUACUGCUGCUGCGGCUGCCGGGAAGAGAAAGGUUGCAGAUCGGGGGAAGCAAGCCAGGGAUCGAGCUGCCCAAGGUGUUUUAGGUGGCAACAUCAUCAACGCGUUCGCUCGUGGCAGCGGA